GCAACUGUCUCGGUGACUGGACUCGACGAAGCAAAGGUCCAGGACUUGUGCCGCAAAGCCGUGGAAGCUGCCGCAGCCGGGGAGGUCUGUCAAGUGAGCGGCUACUUGCACAAGCGAGGCUUCUUAGUGGGAGGUACGAAGCUGGCAAUGGAGGGCUUCCAGAAACUCGCCAAGUCUGCCAGAGCCAUGCAGGUGACCCUCUGCAAGUCAAGUCUUAGCCUGGCGAUGCUUUCGCGUUUGAGCAGAGAUGGCGGCUUGUCGGAGCUGGUCCGCUCGGAGCACAGGGCGGCGGCGCCCCCAGCAUUGGAUGUCACCAGCAUCGAGGACGACGCGAGGCUGAACGCGAUUGCCGGCAUGUCAGGAUCCUUCUCCGAAGGCCGCUUGACUCCACACAUCGGAUCCACGUCAGCAGAAGGAUCCCCGGAGCAGGUCCGCUCAGACGACUCUGCUCUGGCCGACUUGGUGGGUCCGCCUCGGACCCCUCGCACGCCCGCGAGGCUGCUGGUGACGGACCAUGUGGUGCGGGUCGGUGAUGACUUCAAGCUGUCCAGGCUCAUAGGACCCCAACAGGCAGACAGCGAUGAUGCCGCGCUGGCUCUGCUUGUAGAAUCGCCCCCAACCCGAGCUCAGCAAUUUCGGCUCAAGAAGGGCCAUGGAGUGGCUGAGACUUUCAGCCACGGCUGGGCAGCACGGGCUCGCGAGGCUCCAGAACCGGACCGCCCAACUGAGGAAGCCCAGGCCUAG